GUGGGGACGGCAGCAGGAGGGGUUCCGAAGAAGGUAGUGGUGGAGGAUCCGAUGAACAAGGAUCAAAAUGGUGGAACUGGACUGACAGGAACUAUGACAGCAGCACAAGUACCUGCUCAGACAUCUGCUCAGUCAACCGCCACAACAUCUGCCCCAACUGCUGCCAGCACCUAUUCACAAUGGGUGAAGCACAUCUUUCUAGCAUUGGGUGUCACGGUACCGGAGAAAGAACUGCAGUUGACGGGUAUGAUCGAGGAGGCGUCAACGGAUGCAGUAUUUCAGAGCUUGGGAACAGUUUUCGACCUUUUUUCGACGCAUCGGGCUACCCAUGGGUCGUUGUGCCUGUACUAUUUGGAGUUACGGAAAGGCUUCUUUGAAGCACGUGUCAACUUUCUCAAACUGUAGCAAGAAAUCCCAUGGCCAUUAGGGUAUGAUUACUUUAGGCUUCUUCUGAAUCUUCUUCUAAUCCCAAACGUCCUCUACGCGCAUCCAAACGCCUUGGCCCUCUACUUCCAUGCGGAUCUUGUCUAUUCCCUGUUCGCUUCGGACGGCGACGAUCUCAGAGCUGGUGUCCUUUUGUGGAGAUUGCUGAAGUACAAGUACGAAAGCAGUAAGCAGACAUACUCCUGUUUGGCGGAGACGCAGAAAGUCGUCCGACUACUUGAACGACGAUUUGGGACUAAGAUGAAGUUUGGGAACGUUCCACCAUGUUGUCUGCGCUACACGUUGCUGAAAAUCUGGACAGACAUUCCGCCGACACGAGAAUUAGCACUAGGGAGUGCGAACGUGAAUGUGUCUUCUAGUAGUUCUUCGGCUUUCAACGGAGGUAGUGGCGGAGGCAGUGCUAGCAGUUCUUCAGGAACAAAAGGAGCAUCUAAAAAUCCCUUCUCCUUGGAUAAUACCAAAGAGGAGCUAACAGCAGCAGUGGCCCUGCAGAAGCAAAAAGACGGUCUACUCUCAGAACUCGAACUGUUUGGAAACAUCAUGGGACAAACUCUCAGUACAACUGGCAAGAUAAAAGGCGGAGGUGCUACUGGAAACGACUCUUCUUCAAUAGGCGGAUACACUUCAUCAUCCAGCACCAAAGACCGCGAAGAAGCCGCCAGACAUGCAAUGCUUGAGGUCUGUUUGCAGUGGCUAGCCAAUGAGGACGAGCCCAAGGAAUGCAAAAUCCCAUUACUUGAGCUGCUGAGAGCCACAGUGAAAGCCGCUAGUGCUACGCAGAUGACCUCGCAGUUGUUGGCAAGGUUUUUUGGCCUUCUCGUUAGCAGUUCAGGGGCAUCUGGCUCGAGUGAUGGAGGAGGCGCUGGAAAUAUCAAGUCGACUUCAGACGAUGUGCAAUUUUUACUAGCGUUUUUGGAUUGGGCUGAAUUGUCGAGCAUCUUGCCAGCAUUGCUUGAUGUGUUUGCCGAUGACAAGCUAGUUGCGAUUUGGACCUACUUGUGCUUGUUGCACCCUCAGCCUUUGCCCGAACUGCUGCAAAUGAACCCGACGUGGAGCUUCUUUUUUGAGGUACUUACCAUUUAUUGUUAAAGAUGUAAAAAGCGCCUUUAAGCUUUUUUCCUUGACUUGCCUAGAUAUAGGCCUCUUUCAGCUACCCCAAGUACACCCAGGACAUGUAGACCCAGGACAUCAACAACAUCGGUAACACUGGUGCAAGUAAACUACCCCAAGUGCACCCAUAGAGAGGUAGGUCCCUCUUUUCAGUAGUAGGUCCUAGCAAACAUAGGGGUAAGGACCUACUACCCCAAGCUGAAAAAGAGCGAGUAACACCUGGGGACUUGUAGAAGUGGGUCCUUUCCCCAAGUAAACCCCGGACAUCAACAUCGAUAACACUCGCCACUCCAGGUAAAACAAGACCCUCUUACGCGUUUCCAACGCGUGCUGUUGCAGCAAUUUUUCCUCCGAAACCGAUGUCUCGGCAAUAGCGCCAUCGCAGUGGUGUUGUCCCUGAUGCGAUCCGAGUUCUCAGCAAUGCGAGCGCUGAAGCUGUUUCGCGCCAUCGGACCAGGUAUCGAGAGGUUUCGACCGUAUCUGAAGCAGAUACGAGAGUUAUGGGGCGUUACCAUUCUUAACAGAACGCGACUGUGCAUAGGUCCUAAAUAUUUCUAUGAUCAUACAAAAGUGAACAGGAAUAAAGAAGUCGAACCUGAUUCAUUCGAUCUUCUAACAAUCGAAGCAACGCACAUUGUUGAAAGAAUAGAGGAAAAGCAGCUAGCAAACGCAAAUAGCAGAGAUGCAGACUUCGACUUUGAUGAGGAGGAGGAGACACUGGACCGCUGGCAAGCGGUCGUAGAUGAGCUAGACGAAAUCUUAGAGGGAGAAGAUGGAGACUCUACUUCAACAUCCUCUGGUGGACGUAAUGGAAGUCGUGGUAAUGGUGCAGACGGAAGAAAAUCUAGCAGAAGCAGGAAAAGCAGAUCUUCUAACGCAGCAAACCCGAUGGAUCAGUUGUUUGAGGCUGGAUUCGUCGGUUCCAAUCUCUACAAACCGGCUAAGCCCUCCGCGCCGAUAGAGGAGUGCUUUCAGAAUGCACCUAAUCCCGCAGGGAAAACGGCCUUCUUGCAGCAAAAGAAGCUCGAGCAGGACAAGUUUUUGUCGUUGUUUCGGAGUGGGGAAAUAGGCUCAGCCGCCACCUCUUCCACCGAUCCAUCCGCCACUCGCCUCCGCAACAAUCCGACCAGUGGCGAGCUCAACCGACUGUUUCGAGAGAACAUAGCUUUGCAUCAUCAGAUCACGCAGAAGCAAAUGGAACUAGCGCAAACGAACCUGAAGCAAUGGACUACGUUGGACGCUCAUAUCGAAGAGGAGAAACGUAGAAUGGUUCUAAGAAUUUAUACUUCUGAUUUCAUCUUCUCGUAAAUCGGAUUCCUUGUGGUUAGCUGUCCACCCUCUCUGCUUUGCGUCUUCUUGCAUUUUCGCUGAAUGAGAAGUGGAGUAGUUCUUGUUCCAUUAUCAUGAAUAUACCUCUCCAGGAUCAGGAGCAGACGACAUCAGCGCUGGGAGCCCCCGUCUAGAGCCCGUCGAACCUAGUACACCUGCAGUUCCCCAGCCACAGUAUCGUACCACUAUCCAGAACGUUCCGCCUGGAGCGCCGCCUGUCGUACAAGGUGCAGCAGAUCCACAGCUUAGUUCUAUCUGUUUCGCCCAUCCGCGAUGUGGCAUUCGGAAUACGAAUAACACCUGUUUUGUGAACACGAUUCUUCAGGCGUUGUUCCAUACAGACACGCUCGUUUCGCAACUACUGCAGUUCCGGUUAAGACCACCGACGAAACCGAUUGUUAUGAAAAGAUAUUGUCGCCUAAUCCUAAGUAACCACCCGGUCGUGCCUGUCCCUGUGAUGACCUAUAUAUAAUCAACAUCACUAUGUAUAUGUAAGAUGUAACUAGUAAGCGAUAGAAUGUGAUCCAUGUAGAUGUAGUAGUUGUUGUAGUUCUUCCUCUUGUAGUGCGAUACCUUUCGCCACUUCCAUACCAUCUCUAAGCGGAACGAAGCGAAUUACAAGCUUGGUUCUGCUUUGCUGAAGCAACUUCAAGUACUUUUUGCGAUGUUGCUUGUUACCAGACGACCUCACGUCGAGAUUGAACAACUCUUAAACGAACUGCCAUCCGGAGAGUACCCUAAGGGCGAACAGCAAGAUGCAGGAGAAUUUCUGAGGUUUGUCUUCGACAAAUUAGGCGGCUUCGAGCAGCCCUUGAUCCGUCAUUGUUUUGCCGGAGAGCUGAAUGAAGUGACGAAGUGUCAGAGCUGUCAUUUUGAGAAACGUAGGCCGGAGACGUUUACAGAAAUGAUCUUGCCAGUCCCAGACGUCGCUGGGAAAAGCUUGCAGUCAUUGGUAGACGACAAAUUGCAGCGACAGCGCAUGUCGGAUGCAGUGGAGUGCUCGCGCUGCGGCAACAGGAAUCAACCGGAAGUGUGGUCGGAGAUUGAAUCGCCACCUAGAAAUUUAGUGAUCGCGUUGAUCCGAUUCGACUUUCAGAAUGGUGGACUAGUGAAAAUGAAGACGCCGAUCCAAAUCUCACCACAACUUCGGCUGGGCCAGUUUGUUUACGAUUUCUAUUUCUCUGUGCAGCAUUGCGGAGCUACGGCAGAUAGUGGGCAUUACACAGCACUCGGCAGAAGAGCGGACUGCGCUCCACCGAUGCUGGGUACUUCUAGAAGAAGAUCAAGAAUGCUUUGGCUCCUGCACAACUGCUCCUAAAUCUUAUACGUAGAUGAAGAAGUAGUUCAAGUUAUUCCGCCGUGACGAUCAUUUGACCAUAACAGGUAACGUAGAAGGUGCAUUCUGGAAGUUCGAUGAUAGUUCGGUGCGCCCAGCGACAAGCGCGGAUGUAGCGAAAAUCAUGAGUGGAGCUGAGCAGACAGACGACACGCCUUACAUUCUGUUCUAUCUUAUGGUCUUGUUCCUCGUCAUAUCCUUCUGGUUGUUCAAUCCUGUCAUUUUCUGGAUGUUCAUCAGUGGUAAAACCUCAAGUGAACAAGGUAUCCUACUUGAGGUAAUCAACAUGGGAACACUUCUUCUUCCAGCUUACAUCCACAUGCAGAGGCAGCCCCCGCUCCAAAGAAGUCUCAUUCUCUAACUCUUGCUGCCAGACUGCGCCUUUGGAUGCGGAACCGGUGUUGUCCAAGACGUUCCUAGACUCUCUGCAGAAAGAGGACCAUAGGUUACUGCAGAAUCUCUCAUGAGGUGACUAGGGUCUUUGUAGUAGUGACUUUACGUGUUUUAGUUUGAUGACGUCAUUGACGUGAAUCUCCAAUUGCUUCCACCAAGCGAAAGAUUUACCUAGUACCUACACCUACUGAACGACGUGUAUGAUUCCAUUGCUAACGAGGAUGAUUUAUUCCAUUUCAUCUAGUGAUUCGGAUUGUGAAAGCGACGAGUGAAACCAUGUGCACGCUCAUCGAUACCGUCAAAGCUGUAGCUGGAGUACGUUGAUACGGUAUAAUUCGUGUUACAUCUUGAUCUUGUUCACUUGAUUGUUCACGAGUGUGCCCAACGAAGAGACAAAAGUUAUGACGAGUCGGCCGAGAGAAGACGAGAAGAAUAGAAGUAUCAUUUUUAUCUGUGCAUAGACGAG